UGCUUUGGCUUUCACACUAAUUAUUACUUAUAGGGAAUGGAAAGGCACAUGAGUUGUUGAAACGAUUACAUUCAUGGGGUCCAAAAUAGGAAGCUUAUCUCAAAUUUUACUUCUUUUGGGGGUUUUGAAAUGACUCCAACUUCAUAGUGUUAGGUAAUUGAGGAAUAUUAUUAGUUAAAGAGGAAUGAGGAGUUAAUUUUCCUUUGGAUGGACCGGCGGAGUUGGUUGUGGCGGAGGAAGGCAUCGGAGAAGAGUCCGAGUGGCAGUGGUGAAACAGAAAGCUCUUCUGUUGGAUCCAUUUCUUCUCAUUCUGAGAGGUUCUUUGAUGAUCAGGCUCUUCAAAAUCAUAACACUCAAUCACCUGAAGUCACAUCUAAAACUGCUCCCAGCGAUGAAGAACUUAGUGAAACUGUCAAGACUUUGUCAGCUAAAUUGUCAGAAGCUCUUGUGAACGUCCGUGAGAAGGAAGAUUUGGUAAAGCAGCAUGCAAAAGUAGCCGAGGAAGCUGUCUCAGGAUGGGAGAAGGCUGAAGGUGAAGUGUUGAUCCAGAAGAGAUUAGUUGAGACAGCAAACCAGAAGAACUCAAUCCUUGAAGAGCGUAUCAAACAUCUUGAUGGAGCGCUUAAAGAGUGUCUAAGACAGCUUCGACAGGCAAGAGAAGAGCAAGCGCAGAAUGUCCAGGUCGCUGUAGCCAAGACAAGUUGUGAGUGGGAGUUUAAAAAGUCUGAACUUGAAAAUAAGCUUGUUCAGCUUCAGUCUCAACUGCAAAGUUCUAAAGCAGAAGACAGUAACGUUCAAGAUCUUCAGCAUAAGCUUGAAUAUGCUGAGAAACAGAACUCAGUCCUCAAGCUUGAGCUUGUUUCUAUAUCUGAGGAGCUCAAACUGAUGACAUCUGAGAGAGAUUUAAGUACUCAUGCUGCUGAAACAGCUAGCAAACAACACCUCGAGAGUAUCACGAAGGUGGCUAAGCUUGAAGCAGAAUGCCGUAUGCUCAAGGCAUUUGCUCGGAAAAGAUCAACAGUUAAUGACCACAAGUCUACCGCUGCUUCCUCGGCUUAUUUUGAACCUUCCGCUGAUAGUUUGUCAGAUACUGGAGAACGGCUGUCUACAGUAGAAAAUGAUAGUUGCAAAAUCAGUGGUUUGGAGCCAAAUAAUUAUGACCAGAACAGUUCUUACUUCCUGUCUUCUGCUUUAGUUUCUGAAUUGAACCAAUAUAAAUAUGAAAAGCCACAUAGAAGAGACCUUAUAGCAUCAUCUGUGGAGAUAAAUCUGAUGGAUGAUUUUCUUGAGAUGGAGAAGCUUGCAGCACGUCCUGAUACAGUGAGUGAAAUAAGCAACGUCAGAGGAGCUCACAUCAGUGAACCCAUUUUAAAAACUGAACUUAGAGCCAUAGUUAGUCAGACAGCUGAAGCGGAGAAGUUGGCAAAGAUGGAGGUGGAGAAAUUGAAACUAGAGAAGGAAUUAACUGAGUGUCAGGACGAGCUUAAGAUAUCUAAAGAACAAUUAAAAGAAACAAAGGACAAUUUAAUUGAGGUAAAAGCUCAGUUAUCUAUGGCAAAUGAAGCAAGGAAAAAAUUGGAGCCUGAAUUCAAGGCUACUAUAACAAAGCUUAAAGACUUAACAGAACAAUUGCAGAAAAUGGAGGCUGAGAUUGUGGAGCUCAAAGCACAGUUAUCCGUGGCAAAUGAAGUAAAGAAGAAGGCUGAGGCAGAAGUCGAAUCUGCCAACACUAGGCUCAAGAAUUUAGUUGAACGCUUAGAAGAAGCAGAGGUCGAUGCAGCGGAAUUCCAAGCUCAGCUCAUUACAGCUAAUGAAGCAAAGAGAGCUGCUGAGGUUGAAGU